AUGACCUUACCUCAAACAAAUACGCAUCACCCUGCGCAGUGCGCGGUAUUAGACACCGCGACACGGCGACGCGAGGUUUCCCUCCAUAUUGCAAUCCUUACCUCUGCAACUCCAUCAAUUCGAAUGUGCAGCGAAGCAAUCAGUAUGUCUAUAAUAAUUAUACUGUCUAUUCCUACAAGUUCCUUGACGUGUGAGUGUAUAUCCCAGUUGACGUGUGAGUGUAUAUCCAAGUUGACGUGUGAGUGUAUAUCCUCCAAGUUGACGUGUGAGUGUAUAUCCUCCAAGUUGACGUGUGAGUGUAUAUCCAAGUUGACGUGUGAGUGUAUAUCCAAGUUGACGUGUGAGUGUAUAUCCCAGUUGACGUGUGAGUGUAUAUCCAAGUUGACGUGUGAGUGUAUAUCCUCCAAGUUGACGUGUGAGUGUAUAUCUAAGUUGACGUGUGAGUGUAUAUCUAAGUUGACGUGUGAGUGUAUAUCUAAGUUGACGUGUGAGUGUAUAUCUAAGUUGACGUGUGAGUGUAUAUCUAAGUUGACGUGUGAGUGUAUAUCUAAGUUGACGUGUGAGUGUAUAUCUAAGUUGACGUGUGAGUGUAUAUCCUCCAAGUUGAGGUGUGAGUGUAUAUCUAAGUUGACGUGUGAGUGUAUAUCCCAGUUGACGUGUGAGUGUAUAUCCACGUUGACGUGUGAGUGUAUAUCCAAGUUGACGUGUGAGUGUAUAUCUAAGUUGACGUGUGAGUGUAUAUCUUCCAAGUUGACGUGUGAGUGUAUAUCCACGUUGACGUGUGAGUGUAUAUCCUCCAAGUUGACGUGUGAGUGA